CUUUCAAUCUUCAAAACACUGAAAACUACUCAUACAACCUCUCCUCCCACCUAAUGGCUUCUCCGGCCAUCUCAAACCACCGCGAAGGUGCUGAGAUUUACAGAGGAGAUGAACUCUGCAAGAAGAAGUCCGUCGAACUGCUAGAAGAGCUCUGCCUCCCCAAAGGUCUCUUUCCUUUGGAAGACAUUGAGGAGUUCGGCUACAAUCGUGAAGCCGGCUUGAUAUGGCUUAUACAGAAGAAGAAGAAAGAUCACGUUUUUAAGCAAAUUAAGAGGUCUGUCUCUUAUGCACCAGAGGUGACGGCCUUCGUGGAGAAGUAUAAGUUGAAGAAGAUGACCGGCGUGAAGACGAAGGAGCUUCUGCUAUGGCUCUCUGUUGUUGAGGUUUACUUUGAGAAAGCUACAUAUGAGAAGCUGACAUUCAAGACUGGUACCGGACUCUCCGACAGCUUCGAAGCUUCUGCCUUUGAGAUUUAGAGAAUUGAAGAGGGCAUUUGCAGGCUUGUCCAUGAAUUUUAAUUCUAAUGUU